AUGGCAACACAAUCACCAGCCCGGACCCUCAAUGUCCUCGUCGCCCUGACAGACCCCUCGGCCUUCCGCUUUGGCUGCUCUAUUGUCGCCCGUCUGCACCGCCUCGACAAUGUCUCUCUAAAGGUCAUUGCCUGCAAAGAAUUCCCAGCCGCCGCCCAGACAACCAUUCCUCCCCAACUCGAGCCGCUAUGGCACACGUACACGCCUGACGACACUGCGCCGCCCGGCUGGCAGCAUGCCGACUACCUCGACACAUGCGUUGCCGACUACUGCACCUGGGCAGACCUGCUGGUCCUUGCGCCACUCAAUGCAGAGAACCUGGCGCGCAUGCUCCAUGGCUUCACAACCAACCUGCACCUGCAGCUCUUGCGCAGCUGGAACGUGUCCAAGAAGAUCCUGCUCAUACCCGCAAUGUCAACACUGAUGUGGGAGAACCCCAUGUCGCGGAAGCAGAUCAGCAAGAUCCGACGCAAGUGGAAUUGGAUCCGCGUCUUGCCCCCUUUCCUCUGGUCGUUUGAUCACUCCGGCCGCAAAUACCAGCCGUGGAUAGAAGGCCACAAAGCCUUUAACGAAUCCAUCCAGACUCAGAUCGACCUCAUGGCUGUAGGCAACCGCACCGUCGCCCUGCCCAUUGCCCAUCUACCAACACUGACGCCUACGAGGAGCAAAGGGCCCCGUCUCCCACCCGAGCUCUGGUCCAUCGUCCUUGAAUUCACAAAAGACUGGGAGUUAGCAACCACGCUCAACGUCCACACAAACCUGCCAAUACCCAAAGAAUGGCGCCAGGCCGCGAGCGACGAAGGUCCAAAGACGCAAAUGCAGAAGCUCGAGUGGGCCCUGCUCACAUAUCCAUACCCGGACAUCAAGAAGGUCUUUGACACGGAAAAGCCGACACGCAUAUCACGCCUCUGCAUUGAACUCAUUAUGCGCUUUGCCAUGGUGCCUGUGCUCGCCCAUCUGGAAACAUGCCACAAGGAUCUUUUCUGGGGAACUUUUGGCCACACGUUCCUACCUCACAAGGCCUCUGUGUUUGGCAAGACGGAGAUUUUGGACUAUUGGAGAACAUCGCCUGCCUUCUUGACAAAGGAGUACUCUGAUGAGGCCAUUGACGAUGCGAGCCGUGCCAACUCGGUCCAAGUCCUCGAUUGGUGGUACCAUUCUGGUCUUGCGCUCAAAUACACCGAAGCGGCACUCGAGCAGGCAAGCUCUCAGGGCCAUAUUCAUGUGCUCAAGUGGUGGAAGGAACAUAGCCGCCACCGGACUGCCCCUUCCGUCCCGUCUAGCCCAAUCGACGAAGACGCCCCUACCAAAUCGCAUCGCGAGGACCUACCGCUCAAGGUCGGAAAGUCCAUUACUUACGCAACACAGUCUGGCUGUCUACCAGCAAUCAUCUUUUGGGUCGACUCGGGCAUCCCUUUCUCUCAUGAGGACACGAUUGCAAAGGUUGCCUCGACCCAUGGCCAUACUCACAUUCUAGACUACUGGCGUAAACUCCGUGGUGAGAAAAUUCUUUUCGACAACCAGGUUCUUGUGGGGCCUACUAAGAUGGGCCACGCCCACGUUCUCGAGUGGUGGAAGCGCAGUGGGUUGAAAGUCGAGUACAAGACAUGUGACAUAGAAGAAGCCCUGGAAGACGGGGUCGAGGGAGCCAAGGGUGAGGCCGUGAGGAGAUGGUGGGCGCUGAAUGGUCUGAAUCUCGGUGUCGGGACGAGCGAGUGGAUGAGAGUCAAGGUAUUGGGCUCGUGA